AUGCGGACAAAGAGGGGAGGCCAAAUGGAAGACACACGCAAAGAGCCAGGGCCAUCUCUCCCAGCAGAUGCAUUUCUGCAUUUCCUGCUGUGGGAGCGUCAAGUUGCGUUGGCUGCUUUUACGCGUACCUCGUCUUCAAAGGGCACAAUCACGACGUCUUUGAGACGCCUGGCAAGCUGCACUGCAAAAAGCCUCCUAUCCACUCCAACGCGCCCUAUCCGCCAACAGGCCGCGCGUCGCAUAUGCCCAUCGCCGCUCGCCCUCGAACCCCAGCGAUCCAACACGCUUGAGAAGACACUGUCUCACUUGACGCCCCCACGAGCAGAAUCACGACGGCACGUGACGGAGAUCAACGAGCCCAGGUCAACCUACAUCAAGCAAGACAAGAGGGCCAGAACAGAGUACCGUGCACAGACACCGGGCGCCCGGAGACACCAGGCGCCUACCUAUUAA